UACCCCGCCAGCCGCGCUGCUGCGGCUGUCGCUGCCUUAGAAAACUUAACGAGAACCAGAUGUGGUGGCCACUGCCGAACUUUCUCAGAGCCGGUGAUUGGUCCCCAGCCGAGGGCCUCAGCCAAUUAGCGUGCUGGGUGGGCCUGGAGUCCCGCCCCGCCCAGUCGCCCGCGUAGAUCCAGGUUCGAGGCUGGCGCGGCGCGGAGAGUGGGCUGGAGGCCGGGGCGGGACGCGCUGUGUAGCGGGGAAGCGCACGGCCGAGCGAGCAUGGAGGGAGACCGGGUGGCCGGGCGGCCGGUGCUGUUGUCGUUACCAGUGCUGCUGCUGCUGCCGUUGCUGCUGUCGCGGGCCGCGGCGCUGCACCCAGACGAGCUCUUCCCAUUCGGGGAGUCGUGGGGAGACCAGCUUCUGCAGGAAGGCGACGACGAAAGCUCAGCCGUGGUGAAGCUGGCGAAUCCCCUGCACUUUUACGAAGCCCAAUUCAGCAAUCUCUACGUGGGCACCAAUGGCAUCAUCUCCACUCAGGACUUCCCCAGGGAAACGCAGUAUGUGGACUAUGAUUUCCCCACCGACUUCCCGGCCAUCGCCCCUUUCCUGGCCGACAUCGACACGAGCCACGGCAGGGGCCGAGUCCUGUACCGAGAGGACACCUCCCCGGCAGUGCUGGGCCUGGCCGCCCGCUAUGUGCGCGCUGGCUUCCCGCGCUCUGCGCGCUUUACCCCCACCCACGCCUUCCUGGCCACCUGGGAGCAGGUGGGCGCUUAUGAGGAGGUCAAGCGCGGAGCGUUGCCCUCGGGAGAGCUGAACACUUUCCAGGCAGUGUUGGCAUCUGAUGGGUCUGAUAGCUACGCCCUCUUUCUUUACCCUGCCAACGGCCUGCAGUUCCUUGGAACCCGCCCCAAAGAGUCUUACAAUGUCCAGCUUCAGCUUCCAGCUCGGGUGGGCUUCUGCCGAGGGGAGGCUGAUGAUCUGAAGUCAGAAGGACCGUAUUUCAGCUUGACUAGCACUGAACAGUCUGUGAAAAAUCUCUAUCAACUAAGCAACCUGGGGAUCCCUGGAGUGUGGGCUUUCCAUAUCGGCAGCACUUCCCUGUUGGACAAUGUCAGGCCAGCCGCAGUUGGAGGAGACCUUUCCGCUGCCCACUCUUCUGUUCCCCUGGGACGUUCCUUCAGCCAUGCUACCGCCCUGGAAAGUGACUAUAAUGAGGACAAUUUGGAUUACUAUGAUGUGAAUGAGGAGGAAGCUGAAUACCUUCCGGGUGAACCAGAGGAGGCAUUGAAUGGCCAUAGCAGCAUUGAUGUUUCCUUCCAGUCCAAAGUAGAUACAAAGCCUUUAGAGGGUAGGAUCUCCCCUCCAGAUUCUGAUCUGUCCUCCACCUUGCAUCUAACACCUACUUAUUGGCCAUUCUAUCCUGAAACAGAAUCUGCUACCUUGGACCCUCACACCAAAGAAGGAACAUCUCUGGUAGAGGUAGAGGGCCCAGAUUUAAAAGGCCAAGUUGAGCCCUGGGACGAGAGAGGCACCAGAAGCCCAGCUCCACCCGAGGUAGACAGAGAUUCACUGGCUCCUUCCUGGGAAACUCCACCACCGUACCCUGAAAACAGAAGCAUCCAGCCCUACCCAGAUGGAGGGCCAGUGCCUUCAGAAAUGGAUGUUCCCCCAGCUCAUCCCGAAGAAGAAAUUGUUCUUCGAAAUUACCCCGCUUCAGGUCACACUACACCCCUAAGUCGAGGGACGUAUAAGGUGGGACUGGAAGACAACAUAGGUUCCAACGCUGAGGUCUUCAUAUAUAAUGCUGCCAACAAGGAAACCUGUGAACACAACCACAGACAAUGCUCCCGGCAUGCCUUCUGCACGGACUAUGCCACUGGCUUCUGCUGCCACUGCCAAUCCAAGUUUUAUGGAAAUGGGAAGCACUGUCUGCCCGAAGGGGCACCUCACCGAGUGAAUGGGAAAGUGAGUGGCCACCUCCGCGUGGGCCAUACACCUGUGCACUUCACUGACGUGGACCUGCAUGCGUAUGUUGUGGGCAAUGACGGCAGAGCCUACACAGCCAUCAGCCACAUCCCACAGCCAGCAGCCCAGGCCCUCCUCCCACUCACACCAAUUGGAGGCCUGUUUGGCUGGCUCUUUGCUUUAGAAAAACCUGGCUCUGAGAAUGGCUUCAGCCUCGCAGGUGCUGCCUUUACCCAUGACAUGGAAGUUACAUUCUACCCGGGAGAGGAGAGGGUUCAUAUCACUCAAACUGCUGAGGGACUUGACCCAGAGAACUAUCUGAGCAUUAAGACCAACAUUCAAGGCCAGGUGCCUUACAUCCCAGCAAAUUUCACAGCCCACAUCUCUCCCUACAAGGAGCUGUACCACUACUCAGACUCCACUGUGACCUCUACAAGUUCCAGAGACUACUCUCUGACUUUUGGUGCAAUCAACCAAACAUGGUCCUACCGCAUCCACCAGAACAUCACUUACCAGGUGUGCAGGCACGCCCCCAGACGCCCGGCCUUCCCUACCACCCAGCAGCUAAGCGUGGACCGGGUCUUUGCCUUGUAUAAUGAUGAAGAAAGAGUGCUUAGAUUUGCUGUGACCAAUCAGAUUGGCCCGGCUGAAGCAGAGGAUUCAGACCCCACUCCGGUGAAUCCUUGCUAUGAUGGGAGCCACAUGUGUGACACAACAGCACGGUGCCAUCCGGGGACAGGUGUAGAUUACACCUGUGAGUGCGCCUCUGGGUACCAGGGAGAUGGACGGAACUGUGUGGAUGAAAAUGAAUGUGCAACUGGCUUUCAUCGCUGUGGCCCCAACUCCGUGUGUAUUAACUUGCCUGGAACCUACAGGUGUGAGUGCCGGAGUGGUUAUGAGUUUGCAGAUGACCGGCAUACUUGCAUCUUGAUCACCCCACCUCCCAACCCCUGUGAGGACGGCAGUCAUACCUGUGCUCCUGCUGGACAGGCCCGGUGUGUUCACCACGGAGGCAGUGCGUUCAGCUGUGCCUGCCUGCCUGGUUAUGCUGGCGACGGGCACCAGUGCACUGAUAUAGACGAAUGCUCAGAAAACAGAUGUCACCCCGCAGCUACCUGCUACAAUACUCCUGGUUCCUUCUCCUGCCGUUGUCAACCUGGAUAUUAUGGGGAUGGAUUUCAGUGCAUACCUGACUCCACCUCAAGCCUGACGCAUUGUGAACAACAGCAGCGCCAUGCCCAGGCCCAGUAUGCCCACCCUGGGGCCCGGUUCCACAUCCCCCAAUGCGACGAACAGGGCAACUUCCUGCCCCUACAGUGUCACGGCAGCACUGGCUUCUGCUGGUGCGUAGACCCUGAUGGUCAUGAAGUUCCUGGUACCCAGACUCCACCUGGCUCCACACCGCCUCACUGUGGACCACCACCAGAGCCCACCCAGAGGCCCCCGACCAUCUGUGAGCGCUGGAGGGAAAACCUGCUGGAGCACUACGGCGGUACCCCCCGGGAUGACCAGUACGUGCCCCAGUGCGAUGACCUGGGCCACUUCACCCCCCUGCAGUGCCAUGGAAAGAGCGACUUCUGCUGGUGUGUGGACAAAGAUGGCAGAGAGGUGCAGGGCACCCGCUCCCAGCCAGGCACCACCCCUGCGUGUAUACCCACCGUCGCUCCACCCAUGGUCCGGCCCACGCCCCGGCCAGAUGUGACCCCUCCAUCUGUGGGCACCUUCCUGCUCUAUACCCAGGGCCAGCAGAUUGGCUACUUGCCCCUCAAUGGCACCAGGCUUCAGAAGGAUGCAGCCAAGACCCUGCUGUCUCUGCAUGGCUCCAUAAUCGUGGGGAUUGAUUACGACUGCCGGGAGAGGAUGGUGUACUGGACAGAUGUCGCUGGACGGACAAUCAGCCGUGCCAGUCUGGAACUGGGAGCAGAGCCUGAGACAAUCGUGAAUUCAGGUCUGAUAAGCCCUGAAGGACUUGCCAUCGACCACAUCCGCAGAACAAUGUACUGGACAGACAGUGUCAUGGAUAAGAUAGAGAGCGCCCUGCUGGAUGGCUCUGAGCGCAAGGUCCUCUUCCACACAGAUCUGGUGAAUCCCCGCGCCAUCGCUGUGGAUCCAAUCCGAGGCAACUUGUACUGGACAGACUGGAAUAGAGAAGCUCCUAAAAUUGAAACAUCAUCUUUAGAUGGAGAAAACAGAAGAAUUCUGAUCAAUACAGACAUUGGAUUGCCCAAUGGCUUAACCUUUGACCCUUUCUCUAAACUGCUCUGCUGGGCAGAUGCAGGAACCAAAAAACUGGAGUGCACACUACCUGAUGGAACUGGACGGCGUGUCAUUCACAACAACCUCAAGUACCCCUUCAGCAUCGUAAGCUAUGCAGAUCACUUCUACCACACAGACUGGAGGAGGGAUGGUGUUGUAUCAGUAAAUAAACAUAGUGGCCAGUUUACUGAUGAGUAUCUCCCAGAACAACGAUCUCACCUCUACGGGAUAACUGCAGUCUACCCCUACUGCCCAACAGGAAGAAAGUAAAUAGAGUAAUGUAAAGGAAGACUUGGAGUUUACAAUCAGAACCUGGACCCUGAAGAACAGUGACUGCAAAGGCAAAGAAAGUAAAAAAGGAAUUGGCCAUUAGAUGUUCCUGAACAUACAAGAUGAACAUUAUUUAGUGCAAAAAGACUUUUGUGAAAAGUUGAUACCUCAAUCUUUACUACUGUAUUUUUAAAAAUGAAGGUUAUUGCAAGUUUAAAAAGGUAAUAGAAUUUUAACUGUUGCUUUAAAGCAACUUCUUGUAAACACAUCAUUAAUAUUUAAAAGGUCAAAUUCAUUCAACUAAGAGUUUAAGACUCUACAUGUGAUUUUUGCUAUGGAUUCCUUCUGGCCAAGAAAUUAAAGCACAUGUGAUCAAUAUAAAAAUCAAUCCUAAACCUUGACAGUUGGAGAAGCCAAUGCAGAACUGAUGGGAAAGGACCAAUUAUUUAUAGUUUCCCAACAAAAGUUCUAAAAUUUUUUACCUCUGCAUCAGUGCAUUUCUAUUUAUAUCAAAAGGUGCUAAAAUGAUUCAGUUUGCAUUUUCUGAUCCUGUAGUGCCUCUAUAGAAGUACCCACAGAAAGUAUCACAUUUAUAAAUACCAAAGAUGUAACAGUUUUAAAAUUUUCUAGAUUACUCCAAUAAAGUGUUUUAAGUUUUCCUAUGA